UUCUUAACUUACUUUAUAAAAAAGAGAGAGAGAGAGAGAGAGAGAAUAAAUAAGGGAACCCAAAUUCGCAUUUCACUCCCGUCCUAAAGAGCUCAGACUGACUCAGUCUCCGGCGUCUUCUACUCGGGUAAUAUCAUUCACUCUCCGAUUCCUUCUCCUCUCUUUUCUCCCUCUCUCUCUUUAUCUCCAUCGUUUUACCCCUUCCUGAUUUCAAUCGACGAAGAAGAAGAAGAAGAAGAAGAUGGCGUCUGAGCUGACAUACCGGCGUCACGAGGUGGGGCAACCUGAAGCGGAAUCUUACUACCCGAAGCCGAUAAAGCCGUGGUUCGUAGCGAUUCGUCCGAUCCGCUACAUGCUCCGAGAACAGAGACUCGUCUUCGUUCUCGUCGGCAUUGCAAUCGCCACGUUAGCCUUCACUCUCUUCUCCAAAUCCCCCAGCCCACCACCAGUCCCUUACGGAGGCCCGGAUCCUCUUGCCGAAUACGGAAUGCGAUCGGCGCUUCAGAGGAAGCCAACCAUCAAGUACAUGAGCCGGAUCGGAUCCGCAGGCGGCAAAAUCCCUCUGGGCCUGAAACGCAAAGCCCUGAGGGUUGUUGUCACCGGUGGAGCCGGUUUCGUCGGGUCUCACCUGGUGGACCGCUUGAUCGCCCGAGGAGAUAACGUCAUCGUCGUUGACAAUUUCUUCACCGGUAAUAAAGAGAACGUGAUGCACCACUUCAGCAACCCCAAUUUCGAACUUAUCCGUCACGAUGUCGUUGAGCCCAUCCUCCUCGAGGUUGAUCAGAUCUAUCAUCUCGCCUGCCCUGCCUCUCCCGUCCAUUACAAAUUCAAUCCCGUCAAGACUAUUAAGACGAAUGUGGUGGGAACACUGAACAUGUUGGGUCUAGCGAAGCGAGUUGGUGCCAGAUUCUUACUCACCAGUACCAGUGAGGUCUACGGAGAUCCUCUUCAGCAUCCUCAGGUCGAGACUUACUGGGGCAACGUUAAUCCCAUCGGUGUUCGGAGUUGUUACGACGAAGGCAAACGUACGGCGGAGACUUUGACCAUGGAUUACCACAGAGGCGCUAAUGUUGAGGUUAGGAUUGCUCGGAUCUUCAAUACUUACGGCCCAAGAAUGUGUAUCGAUGACGGUCGUGUGGUUAGCAACUUCGUUGCCCAGGCUUUAAGAAAAGAGCCAAUGACUGUUUAUGGUGAUGGUAAGCAGACAAGGAGUUUCCAGUUUGUCUCUGAUCUGGUGGAGGGUCUCAUGAGGCUGAUGGAGGGAGAACACGUCGGUCCAUUCAACCUUGGUAACCCUGGUGAAUUUACCAUGCUCGAGCUCGCUAAGGUGGUUCAAGAGACCAUUGACCCGAAUGCAAAGAUAGAGUUUAGACCAAACACUGAGGACGACCCACACAAGAGGAAACCAGACAUCACAAAGGCCAAAGAACUUCUUGGUUGGGAACCAAAGGUGGCUCUACGCCAAGGACUCCCACUUAUGGUCAAAGAUUUCCGUCAACGUGUCUUUGGCGACCAAAAGCAGCUUUCUUCCACCACCUCAUCAUCAACAGAGUAACUGUAGCCAGCUUUGCUCUAGAAGACAGGAGAGGAGAGCCUCAGUUUCUUUUCGUUCUCUUUUUGUUUUUAAUUUUGAUUUCCAUUUCACCAUUCGUGGCAAUGUAGCGGGAGAUUGGACAGCACACCCAUUUAAACUUUUAUUCUUUUUAAUGCAAUUAUUUUAGUCUGGUCA